GGCAGCGCAGCAAUAGCGCAGCUCCUUUGAUCCAGCGUCCACCCCGAGGUGUGCUCUCCCUCAGUCCCAACACGAAGGACAGCCUUCCGGCAAGUUUUAAACUGAGAAUACGGUCAGGAGCCACAAGGGAGAGACGAAUAUUAACAUACUUCUGUGACGAUUGGGAAGAAAUGCUUUGAAGGAGAUUUUUACUCCUUUAGAAGAGUAACUGGAAGUGGCAGAAAUCGCUGCUCGUGCGCCUUGUUGUCUCUGGGGAGCUUCUUUUUGUUUGGGGUUAACCGAACUUACCGUGAAUGCGACCAGUGGCGCGCUUUCCUCCAGGCUGGAAGGUAACGGCAGAAACAACACCCUUAAAUACUCUGUGUCUGGUGUGCUGUAGUACGCCGUGUUAAGCUGUGAUGAGGAGGGAAUUAAACAGCGGCGAAGCGCCAGACGGAGACAGCGAAAGCUAAACUCUGCAGCCGAAGAUAGUCAACGUCCGCAGCCCCGGACCGGAGGAACCCAGCUCUCUCAUUACUCCCUACACUCCCCGUCAUCAUCCCUCUUGCUUCUACAUGUGAUUUCUUUUAUCUCUUUCGGCUUUCUCCUUCCUGAGCUACCUCUUUACAUCCUCUUCCUCCCUCCCCUCCUCCUCUUCCUUGUCCCUCCCUCUCCACUUCUGUGGCAGGCUGCUCGUUGCGGUGAGUCAGUAUCAUGGAGGCAGGCAGCGGGGCUGCCGCAGCGGUGGGGAGUGCAGCACUGGGACGGCUGGGAGCCACAGCCACCACCAGCCAUGACAUCUUGGACAGAAGCCUGAGGCCCGGACGUCACCUGGAGGACGACGACUUUGUGCCUGAACUAGCUCAUCUCCAUCCCAGAGAGAGACCAGACUGGGAGGAGACCAUCAGUGCCAUGGCAAGAAGUGCCGAGAUCCCCGAGCUGAGGGCGGAGCCUCUAAUGCGCUCCAGCAGCAGCAGUACGGCUAGCAUGAAAGUCAAAAAUGUUAAAAAACUUUGCUUCACCAAGGGCCACUUCCCAAAGCUGGCAGAGUGCGCUCACUUCCACUACGAAAACGUGGAUUUUGGCACAAUUCAGUUGUCCCUCGGAGAUGAACAGUGUGAAGUGACACGGAAUGGCUACGAGUCCAAAGAGCUGGUGUACUUAGUCCAUAUUUACUGCCAGGGCCGAAGUUGGAUUGUGAAGCGCAGCUAUGAGGAUUUCCGUGUCCUGGACAAGCACUUGCAUCUCUGCAUCUACGACCGACGUUUCUCACAGCUGCCGGAGCUGCCUCGACUGGACAGUCUGACAGAUCAGUCCGAGUCAGUUUCCCAGAUGCUGUUGGCUUACCUCUCACGGCUUUCAGCGAUUGCUGACAACAAGAUUAACUGUGGGCCCGCCCUCACGUGGAUGGAGGUUGACAAUAAGGGGAAUCAUCUGCUGGUUCAUGAAGAGUCAUCCAUCAACGUGCCAGCCAUCGCUGCUGCCCAUGUCAUUAAGCGUUACAUCGCCCAGGCCUCAGACGAGCUGUCAUUUGAGGUUGGCGACAUUGUGUCUGUGAUUGACAUGCCCCCUAAAGAAGACACCACAUGGUGGAGGGGCAAGCACGGCUUUCAGGUUGGCUUCUUUCCCAGCGAGUGUGUGGAGCUCAUAAAUGAUAAAGUGCCACAGUCCAUGACCAACUCGGUGCCAAAACCAGCCUCCCCCUGCUCCGGGCUGCAGCCUGCUUCCUGGAGCCUCUUCCCUCCCUACUUGGAGAUGGAGAGUGUAAUAGAGGACAGUGCAUGGGUGGCCGACCCGUUAAACCACUACAACCUAAGUUCAGUGUCUAAGAAACACGGGAAACUGAUCACCUUCUUGCGCUCCUUCAUGAAGUCCAGGCCCACCAAGCAGAAGCUGAAGCAGAGGGGCAUCCUCCGAGAGAGGGUGUUUGGCUGCGAUCUGGGGGAGCACCUCCUCAACUCAGGACAUGAUGUGCCCCAGGUCCUCAAGAGCUGCACAGAGUUCAUUGAGAAGCACGGCGUGGUGGACGGCAUUUACCGCCUCUCUGGGAUCGCCUCAAACAUCCAGAAACUGCGGCACGAGUUUGACUCAGAGCAGAUCCCCGACCUGACCAAAGAUGUUUACAUCCAGGACAUCCACUGUGUUGGCUCGCUUUGUAAGCUCUACUUCAGGGAGCUGCCCAACCCCCUGCUCACCUACCAGCUCUAUGAGAAAUUCUCUGAGGCCGUAUCAGCGGCAACCGACGAAGAACGACUUAUCAAAAUCCAUGAUGUCAUCCAGCAGCUUCCUCCGCCGCAUUACAGGACCCUGGAGUUCCUCAUGAGGCACCUUUCCCGCCUGGCAGCGUUCAGCUACAUCACCAACAUGCACAGUAAGAACCUGGCUAUCGUCUGGGCACCAAACCUGCUGAGGUCCAAACAGAUUGAAUCUGCAUGUUUCAGCGGUACAGCAGCUUUCAUGGAAGUACGAAUCCAGUCUGUGGUGGUGGAGUUCAUCCUCAACCAUGUCGAUGUGCUUUUCAGCUCCAAACUCAGCUCCCUAAUAAGAGAGGGCGCAGGGCACAACUCUUUGUCUCGGCCCAAGUCCCUGCUGGUUUCCUCACCCUCCACAAAACUUCUGACUCUGGAGGAAGCCCAGGCCAGAACGCAGGCUCAGAUCAACUCUCCUGUCACUGAAGACAGCAAGUACAUCGAGGUGGGCGAAGGUCCGGCUGCCUUGCAGGGCAAGUUUCACACUGUCAUCGAGUUUCCCACCGAAAGGAAAAGACCUCCAAUUAAAUCCAAGAAGUCUCCUGUGGGUAGUUGGCGUUCUUUCUUCAAUCUGGGAAAGUCAUCCUCCCUGUCCAAACGCAAGCUGCAGCGUAACCCCAGUGAACCCAGUGAGCUGAAGGCCAUGGCUCUGGCUGGAGGCCGAGGAGAUACAGCAACAUUAAGGUCAGCCAAGAGUGAAGAGUCGCUGAGCUCCCUACACAAAGUUGAAGGAGAGUCCAAGCUGUACCGUCCCCGGCGGCCGCGCUCCAGCAGCGACGCCCUAUCAGCCUCCUUCAACGGUGAGCUGCUGGACAGCCGGCAGCACUGCAACUCCUACGAUAACCUGGAUGCCACAGAGGACAGCGACGCAGACGACGGGCCCAUCUGUGUGCCCGCUCUCAUCUCACCUCCCCGCUCGGCAGGCGAAGACGUUGACCUCAGCCCGCCAGACAUCGGCAUGGCUUCCUUAGACUUUGACCCCAUGUCUUUCCAGUGCAGCGUCCCAGACACCUCCUACACCUUCUCCGUAGAUGACUCGCCAGCUGGGGCAGAGGGCUCCACGUUAAAGAGAAGCUCUGGCAGCAUCCGUGGCAAGCCCAACAGCUCUGACCUCAUCUCUGCUGCCUUGCUCGGCAGCUUGUUGUCAGCAGACUUCAGCCUGGGUGAGAGAGAGAAGCCAGAAAGCAAAAAACUGGCCACUUCUUAUUCUUACACUGAUAAACCCACACAGGCUGUCUCACCUAUUAAAUGUGGAAAGGCCACCAGUUUGACACCGUUUGCCACUUCAGAGCUUCUCUCUCUGGAGAUGCCUGACAAGAACACAGCCAGACAGGCUGCCUCUCCGCAGCCACUGUCUCCCCCUUUAAGACCCAAAGACUCGCCUCCCCUGAUGGGCAGCGUGCUGCUGAGGGCAGCCGAGCCGUCACUAAGUGAAGCUUUUCAAAUGGAGCUGAACUUGAAGCUGGCAGCGUUUGACUCUGUGGACAGUAAAGACCUGAGCGGAGAGGACGGCGUACAGCAGGCGGCAGCCGCCAGCAGCCAAGACAGCCGAGGAAACUAUCUAACUCCAGGCUCUUCAAAGGACCUCCCCCCUCGUUCCCUCAGCUCCACAGCUCUUACUUCUGCCCCUCCUCCCCCUCCACCUCCUAAAAAUGCUGCCCGCAUGCUGGCCCUGGCCCUGGCUGAGUCCGCCCAGCAAGUCUCUGUUCAGUCUCAGUCCUCCGAGUCUCCAACCCUGGUGUACCCCCCUCUGCAGCAACCGGUGACCUCUAACUUUGAGGACUCGGUUCAUCCGCCAGUCCCACAUUUUCAGACUGUCACUGAGGAGGGAGUGGGGAGAAAAUCUCCACCUCCAAACAGCACUGCUGCCACCGUCACCACCGCCUCAUCUUAUCCAUCCACUCCCAGUCCUCCAGGCAAACCACAGCUACCAGAGAAACCCAGCACAAAUACAGAGCCAUCAGACGGAGCCAAUUCCUCUACAACUCUGUCUGGAGCUCGGCAAGACACGGAUUCUACCCCACCACGCUCUCCACUUUACAAGAGCACCCCACUUCCCAGUUCAACAAGCCUGACUUCUCCAACCAGGAAGAGUCCAGAAAGGCAGAAGACUGUCCCAGGACAGGUCCCAGUUCAUACCAGCUCAUCCAGUGCCACUCCAGCCACCACCCACAGCGGCAGCUGCAGAGACAGUCAAGUCUUACCGCAACCUUUCCCAGAGAUCAAAGCUGAUACCACCACACCACCUCCAGUCCUUCCAAAACCCUCAGAGCAGCCUCCUCUGACAACUCAGAGACCCAAAAAGCCGGCGGUCUCGCUGCCCCAACACCAAACUCAGCAGCAAAACCAAGCCGAGAUUCAGCCUCACCAGCAGUUGCCACCUCCCACGCAGCCCCAGACACAUGUCCAUUCCCAGGCCCAUCUCUCAAAGGCCAGCGCAAGAGUAGCACCCACCUCUGCUGAGCCUGUGGAGAAGCCUUGGGAGGCCAUCAAGCCAGUGCAGCCCUAUACACAGUCUGCAAAACAUGACUCCUACGGACCCAAACCUCCAGCGCCUCCCAUCCGCACCAUGGAGAGCAAACUGGCAGCAGCAGCGAUUAGCCAAAGCGAAGCUUCCUACCACAUCCUGGAUGAAGCCGGCCAUCUCGGGGAAGCUCUUUCUCCUCAACCUCUUUCUCCUCGUAAAUCUUCCACACACCAGCCAGCUUACCUUUACCACGCUAAAGGAGAGCCAGUUUUAAUUGAACCUCCAGGAGCAGCUUAUUACCACCAGAGGCCUGGUCCUCUGGGCCCGCAGACCAUUCCCCACCAUUACAGACCAGAAAGCAUCACCCCACACUCUUACGUGUCCAAGUCUGAGCCUCAGAUACCUUACAGUGCUCGAGUUGAUAACAGAUACAGCACUUUAGGCCACAGGUCCUACCACCACUCCAUGAAGUUGAGAGGAAACCCCCGUGUGUAUGUGUCUCCGGGACCAGGGCAUCCAAGUUACAGCCAUGACAGACCCCACGGUUAUCCCACCAUCCGCAGAGUGCACUCUCUCCAUGUUCCCUCCACCAUUCGCUCAGUGCCCAUUCAAAGGACUGAAGUUCCCCCAGACGAUGACAUGUUCUUCUACCACCGACCCGUGUAUCAGUGCAAAUCCUACCAGCAGCCCCCGCAGCAGUCCUCACAAACCGACUACCACGUCACUCAACUGCAGCCUUACUUUGAGAAUGGACGGGUCCAGUAUCGCUACAGUCCAUACUCUGGUUCAGGCCCUCUAGAAGCACCGUACUACGACAUAGACCCUUACGGGACAAUCCGGGUCCGACACUUCCACUCCUACAGCGGCCGAGAUGCUGCAGCUGUUGCUGGGCGGCCGGGUGGAAAGGCGACUGGGUACCACUACCUCGCCCGCCACAUUCUUCCCCCUGGAAAGGAGCAUAGCUUCGUCAGCAGGGAUGUGCCCCUGAGUCAUGGGAGUAAGGAAGCUGCUGCUUACCUCGCCUGGGAUCCAGAAGAAGCAGAAAAGCUCUGCAUGCACUCCAUCCGCAGGGAGAGCAGGGCCCGACUGAAGAUUAGGGGCCCCGUCCUCUCUCAGUAUGACAACGUGGGCUUGUUCACACCAGCAGAUAUAUCAGGAUAUGAGACGCUGCACCUGCGGAGUAAAUCUGACCCAGGUAAAGCUGUGCUUUUAGCAGCCGAGAGCAAGGACGGGCGCUACCUCCCCAGACACAAGGUGUCAGACCCUGACGUCCUCAUGUACAUGGAGACUGAUAAGCAUGUCCACGGCAGUGGAAUGGGUGAUAAGUCGGAUGUGCUUUCCAAGCAGAGCAUUUCUAAGAAAUGCCAAUCUUCCCACUCGCUUCCUACCACUCUGAGUCACGGCCUCUCCCAUCAGCAGGAGAGUGGCCGACACGAGGCCAAGUAUGAGUCUGGAGAGGACGCCAGCAGGUCCAAACACCGGCAGGAUUAUCCAAACAAAAGGAACAUCCAACCCCGUUACGAGUGCCCCGACUCGGACCACCUCCAGAUGAAAGUAAAACCAAGUUAUCACAAUACAGACGACCAGCCUUCAGCUCCCAGGGAGCAACUUGGCCGCUCCAAACCAGAGCGAUCACACAGCAUCCGAGAGGAGCAGCACUACAGCCAGAGCAAACCAGACCUGGACAGAGACUACGCCUGUCAGAAACUCUGCACUAAAUCUGUACAGUCCCACUAUGACAACUUGGAUGAUUACCACCCUGUACCUCAGCCUCAAGCCACUGUUCAAAAACACGGGGGCUCUGGGACUUUCCCAGCUCCGGGUUUCUCGGCGAGCCACAGCAACAGAGCGUACUCCACAGCUCUGGGCCAGGGAGCUUUCAUCCAGACUGAGCUGCAGAGGCCAGAGGCAGAAAUCUGUACAGAAUGAAGCAUUUGAGCAGGAAGUGGCAAAAAAUGAUCUCUCGCUGUGUAGAAGAAGAAACUGAGCUAUGGUUGAGCAGCCUCUGCAGGACAGUGGACUGUUACAUCCAUAGUUGUGCUUUUCUGUAUUUUUAAUGAAUUGUAAAGAAUAUUGUAAAACUUUUUACAGAAAGUCCUGAAUGUACCUGAAAUUAUUGUCCAUGAGACCAUGUGAUUGAUUGAGACAGUAGCCAAUUAUAAAUGCAUAUGAUGAGAAAGACGUGAGGUACUUUUCACAGGAACUACAAAUGUAAAAUAUAUAUAUACAUAUACAUACUAUAUAUAUGUGUAUACAGAUAGAAUCACUAGUAAUAAGGGAUUUUUAGUUGUAUUUUUUGUGUUUUUUUUUUUUUUUUUAGCUGUGGCGCUGAACAUGAACACCAACUUGGGACUAAGGUUUGCAUUUUAGAAAUGCAUGCUCUCUCCUACAGAACAGUUCUGUGUACUUCUUUAUCCUGUUGCAUUCUUUCUGGGUGUUAGAGCACAAGUUAAAGACGGAGGGCGUAUUUAAGUCGUGGGACCCUCCCGUUAACACGAGGCGGUUCAGUGUGUCGUCGUUUGCGUUGACGAAUGGCAGAUUUAAUUUGAAGCUGCGAUGGGUUCUUUGAGUUCAUGUAGUGGUUAUCAAUGUCUUAUUUUCUCUGUGACUGUGCCAUUUUUAGGUAAAUUUGUUAAAAACAGAUUUCAGUGACUUGUAAAGGAAUGUUUUGGUACUUGUCUGUUCUUCGUUGGAAGAGGGACCAAAGACUUGGCACAGCUCUUGCACAUAUGGGAUGAAGAUGUGAAGGUGAGUGAAUGUUGUAGCUUCCGAAGUCUAAAGGUUUAUUUCCUUUUUUAAGAUGUGGUACUUUUAAAAAACUGGACUAAUUAAAUGGAGCUGAAAGUUAUGUCUUCUCAAACAACAUGAUGAACAUGUUGCCGCUGCUUUGUUGGAAGAGGAAAACACAACUUCUCUGUGACGAGCCUUAAAUUUUGUUCCCGGAGACCACAUCUUGUUUAUGGUUAUGUGUCGUCCUCAUCGUUGUCAUGCACAAAUCGGCUUAAAGGAUUUUUGACAGUUUUGGUUUGAUGGCGGCGUUUUUUUUCGCUUGGGUUUAUUUUAGUUUUUUAUAAUUUACAACAACGAUGAAGGUAUUUUUCUUUUUAUUAAAAGGAUACCUGGGGUCAGUUUGUCAUGCUGGAAAUAGAUUAUAGUACAUUCAUGUAGUAUUACACUACAGACCCUUCGGGCUCAGCAUAAUGGAUGGAUUACAGUUUAAUUAAAACAUGUCUAAAUCCAGGUUGUACUCUGUAACUUUGAUUUCUAUAUCGCUUGCAGGUUUUGCUCCUUUUGCCUUAUCUAAAGCCUCUACCUUCUCAGAUGGGGUGUUGAACUAAGGCACUGUGUACUUGAAUGUGAAAACACUUUCCCCAAACUAGAGGUGUCUAAAGUCAGAUAUGAAAUUAAUAAAACUCUUCAGGAAUACAUAAAAAAUCCUGACUUUUGAUAUGUUGAUAUGCAUGACGUUUCUGAUAUACCUCUGCUUUAGCUCGGUGGGAUCGUUGGUUAAAUAGAAACACGAGAAGGAAACACAGAACUGUGUUUGUCUUGAUGAUCAUUAGAAGAUACUUUGAAUCAAAGAUCUCUUUCCCAGUGUGUCUCCAGUCUUUUCUGACAUCACUGUGGGGUGAUGUGGUCCCAAACUGCUGCUUUGAGAAAAUAAAGUGCUGAAACAUC